AUGCUUCAGCCCAAACAAAAGGGAGCGGCGGUGGAUCAGUUCAUGGAGGAGUGGAGCUGGUGUUUGGCCUGGGGGGCGCUUGGACACAGACCCUGUCAUUGUUCCACAGCUGUCAUUCACUCCCCCCAUCCCCCCCCCCACCACUCCGCUCACAUCAACCCCCCCUCGCCAUCGCCUCUGCUCUGUGGCCGUCCUCACCUUAAGGGCGUCCCCUACUCUCCGCCUCCCUAA